AUGUCUUUCAAUAUGAAAUCUUCGGAAUGCUCGCCAUUCACCAAUGCUGUGGUGAGCUCCAUGAGAAAGCUAUACCCGGAGGCAUUGGCAGACAAGAGCUUCGAUAAUACAGGAUUGCUCCUCGAAGCUCCUUUCGACAAAUCCCGGGUACAGAAUAACUCGGUCCUCCUUACGAUUGACCUCACCACGGCUGUUGCUGAUGAAGCUAUUCAAAACCGUAACUCGGUUAUCGUCGCAUACCACCCCAUAAUCUUCCGCGGCCUGAAAUCCCUCACCUUCGCCGACUCCCAACAACGAUCCCUCCUCCGCCUAGCACAACAUGGAAUCAGCGUCUACUCCCCGCACACAGCAGUCGACACCGUCCCCGGCGGCAUGGCCGACUGGCUCUGCGAUGUAGUGACAGGAAACUUCAAACCCGUGCAACAACCCACAAAUGCUACUGUCGAACCCUGCUCCUCGACCAUGUACUCUGCCCCAACAUACCCGGAAGCACCCAUCCCCGCCGUGCAAGCCCCAAUCCCCUCGCAAGUACCACAGCACACUAGAUCCACAAUUCACCCAUCCCCGUCAGCCUCGAUCCCAGAAGGAUUUGAGUCAGCUGGUUCCGGCCGUAUGGUGACCUUCGCCGAGGAACAGCCCCUCACUAUCCUGAUCGACAACAUCGCUCGCGGAAUCGGUCUGCCAGGCGGUAUCCCCAUCGCCAUCCCACAAGGCCACUCCGUUGAUGAUAUCUUUAUCCGAACGGUGGGCAUGUGUCCCGGUUCUGGCUCGGGCGUGCUUCUCAGAGGUGAUGGGGAACUUCCUGAUCUCCUGCUGACUGGUGAAAUGAGUCACCAUGAGGCUUUGGCUGCCACGGAACGGGGUUCUGUUGUUAUCUCGCUUUCGCAUACUAACUCGGAACGUGGAUAUUUGCGCUCGGUGAUGCAGCCUAAAUUGUUUGCUGAGGUUACAAAUCAGUGGAAUCUGGCUUGGAUAGAGGCUGAGAGGACUAUUUCUUAUCGUGAAAGGUUUAGUGAGGCUCAAUUGGCGGCUGCGUCCCAGAUUCGAGGCCUUUGUAAUACCCAGGGCGAUGUUGAGGUUUCUGUUAGCCAGACUGAUCGUGAUCCCUAUGGUAUCAUGGUUUGGCGUGGUAACUAG